UCGGUGGCGCAUUGAUACUUACAAGUAGAAUGUCGUGCGUUUUUGAAAUCUAUAGAUCCUCAUUCCGUAUACGUCUUGUGUUGUAGAUGCUGGCAUGUGAAUGUUGUUAAGUACAACGCGGAUAUAUGUAUUCUUUUUAAACAAAUUAGAUAUUUGUAUACGUAAUCCACGUGUUGCUGACCAGGCUUGCGAAAAAUAGUGCGCAGUGAGUUCUGGAGAAUCUGGUUAUUUCUGGCUAGUUGCUCUUCGGCUUAUAAGAGGCGCGCGCGUGUGUGCUCUUCAGAACUGAAGCUUUGGCAUUUUUUGCGUGCUGCUAUACGGAUGGAUGGAGGUGUAGCUGCUAAACCGCAUUUGACAUCCCCUACUUUGUGCCUACCACGUUGCUGAGCACUUCAGGUGGAUUUACUGAGAACAGAAACUGCAAAGAUGGAAAGCAUUGCUUCAGCCUCGUCCAACAGUGAAAGUGAGUCACAGAGCGUGCUUACCUGGGAGCAAGUGAGCCGCCUGAAUGAUGUGCUAACAGAGGCGGUGCCGGUUCACGGCCGUGGCAACUUUCCUACAUUGGCGGUCCGGCUGAAGGAUAUUGUACAGAGGGUAAGAAACCGCCUGGAGAUGAGAGGCAUUACAGUGAAAGACAUUCGCCUGAAUGGUUCUACAGCCAGCCAUGUGCUGGUAAAGGACAUUGGCUGGAGCUACAAAGACCUGGAUGUGAUCUUCAGGGUUGACCUUCCCCGAGAGGAGGAGUUCCAGGUCAUCAAAGAUGUGGUUUUGAGCACUUUGUUGGACUUUCUGCCUGAGGGAGUGAACAAAGAGAAGAUCACUCCCAUGACCCUGAAGGAGGCCUACGUCCAGAAGCUGGUCAAAGUCUACACUGAGCAGGACCGCUGGUCCCUCAUCUCCUUGUCCAACAACAAUGGCCGCAAUGUGGAACUUAAAUUUGUGGACUCGAUUCGCAGGCAGUUCGAGUUCAGUGUGGACUCUUUCCAGAUCAUCCUGGACUCCGUUCUCUCGUAUUAUGACAUCUCAGAAAACCCCAUGUCUCAGCACUUCCACCCCACUGUUGUCGGGGAGAGCGUGUAUGGCGACUUUGCUGUUGCUUUGGACCACCUCAAGAACAAGCUUAUUGCCACCAAAAGACCUGAGGAAAUCCGGGGAGGGGGUUUGCUGAAAUACUGCAACCUCCUGGUGAGGGACUUCAGGCCCACGGACGAAGAGGAGUUCAAAGGCCUGGAGCGCUAUAUGUGCUCACGGUUUUUUAUUGACUUUUCUGAUAUAGGCGAGCAACAGAGAAAACUGGAGGCUUAUUUGCAAAGCCACUUUGUCGGCGAGGAGAAGAACAAGUACAACUACCUCAUGAUCCUGCGGCGGGUCGUGAACGAGAGCACAGUGUGCCUCAUGGGACACGAGAGGCGGCAGACGCUUAACCUCAUCUCACUGACCGCGUUUCGGGUGCUGGCGGAGCAGAAUGCCAUACCUGACGCGUCCAGUGUCACCUGCUACUACCAGCCCGCUCCGUAUGUCAGAGAUCUGAACUUCAACAACUACUACGUGGCCUCUUGUAACCAGUCCAUUCCAACUUGGUUGCCUUGUAACUAAGAGACCAAACCAUGCUUGUCCAUUGAAAUCCAAAUGCAACCUGGCCAGAAAGCAGGAUAUUCGGCCAAAAUGGAUAUUUCCCUCUGUAGGCAUAAAGCAUAUUUAAAACGACAAGUGUUCUCAUUUUCUUUUCCUUUUUUUUUUAAUUCCUUCUACAGAGGUGGCAAGACAUUUCUGAUCCAAAGUGAUAUAUUUUAGUGUUUGAAUUCAUUUGUUUGCCUUUGUUUUACUUCAAUAUUCAAUGUUUUCAGAUUUGAUUUUUUUUCAUCUCUGUCCCUGAUCUGAGAGAUUAAUUUUUCCAUGAUAAUUCCUGUAGUGCCUUAAUAUACUCGAACUCUAAAAAUGAAGGAAAUAGAUAUUGGAAAGAAAAAGUAUUUAUCAUGUGUGUUACAUUUGAAAAGCAGAAAAGCCCAAAAAAAUAUUAAAUGUUCUUAGAAAUGGGGUGAAAAAAAUAUACAAAAACUUAGGAAAAUUUUGGAACAAAAAGACAUGAAAGAUAUGUGAGCACAGGUGAAGUAGGUACUUUAGGCCUUGAAGUUAUCAGGAGUUUUUUGGUACACUGGUGGGCAGCUAAAGUUAUUUUUGUUCUCUUCAACUGAAAUGUGAACAGAACUAUGUUUUCAUGGCGAUGUGCUUCAGUUUGCUGUGUGACUGUAUGCAGAUAAUUUUCUGUGCCACUGUACAUGGGAAAAAUUACUUAUUUGUGAAUUUUGUUCAGUCAAGCUUGUUACAAGACUGAAAUUAGUUGCAUCAUACAGUAAGACGGGUUGUCCCCCUCACAUAGAGCUAAAAGAGUGAGUUUUAAUUGUUUAAUUGAUGAAUUUUGGACAUGAUGGUUAAAUCUUCCACAGAGAGGAUGGCGUAAUCUCUUAUUGAUGUGUGCAUGUGCGUUUGAAUGGGAAGUGCUUAAGGUUCUCCAUACAAGGACCAUCCGUGAGGAUCAGCCUUCCUGAGCUUUUUGCAGUCAUUAGCAGACUUGGCACAGCACUUUGUAACAAGACCUCCAGUGUUCUACGGCCAUGCCAUCUGGUGUCACCCUGCUCUAAAAUUAUCUCUCCAUGCACCUCAAGGAUGUGCCUUGAAUGGACAGCGUGUGGGAUUGAAUUUGUAGUGGGUCGACUGUCUCUGCCAUGCUCCGGACUCACGUCAUUACAUGAAGGACGUACGCUGGUAUGUUACAAACCCUUUUCUGGUAAUCGAAAUGCUGUAGCCUGGGGGGCGAACCUUUGCAGGAACCCUCGCGCCUCUAUGCGGAUUCCAUUCCAGUUUUGGCUAUAAUGAUGUUGCUGGGGUUGCUGCUCUUGAUCUAUUAUUAGGCUUCGGUGUCUGCUGUCUUGCGUAAAGGAGCACUGCGAUAGAUAGUCAGUUAUGUAUUGGACAGUAUUACAUUGAAUGGCUGGCUAUUAUGUGCCCUCACCCUGACCUGUCGUGUUCCUCUUUUAACAUUAGCCCACACUAGUACCCUGCUUGUUACGUAAUGCUUGCAGCUGCCCCUUCCCAGUUCCUCUCCUGCUGGUUCUGCUUGUACAAGCACAUGUGGUAGAUAAUCGCGAGAGCCAUGUUCCAUCUCUUAUCUGCUGUCACACAGACUUUUAGAGUAAGGAGAAAGGACACGCCCCCUUUCAGCGGGUUACACCCUUGAGCAUAUUGAGCAGGAUAGGAUUUUUACUCUGUGUGUGUGUGUGUGCUUUUUUUUUCUUUUUUUUUGAGGACCAAUGUGUUGUCAGCAGCACAAGUGCCUAUUUUGUCAUCAUCGGAGCAGACCUUUCACCUCAUGCUGUGAUGAGAAUAAGAAUGUUGUUUGUUUGCUAAUCCCUCCCCACUCAGGUCUCUAUCACGUCUAGUCCCCCCAAGCCUAGUUGUAGUCAUUCGUUAUAUCCUUACUCCCAACCAAAGUGUGCAGGAAAAAGUUUGUAAUAUUCAAGCCCAAAUUAACUUAAUACCCCAGUCAAUGAAUUGCACUUUAUCAGUCUUGUAAUUCUCUAAUUGAACAUUUCUUCUCUAGAACGCAAGGCUAGUGGUCUCAGGGAGGUGUCAGGAAGUGAAAAGGGCUACAGUGUUUUUUGAGGAUUAGUGUGAUCACCAAACUUGCUGCAAACUGUGUGUAUUGUUACUAUUUACAGCUACAUGUAAACAGAAGUGUCACUAAAGGAGGAGUUCACCAUCACUGGUUCCUUUUUUUUUCCCCCCUUUAGGGCACUGAUGAGAUCUGUAGUUGUAGGCCAACAGAAACUCGCCUUAAUCUGUACUUUUUGAACAUGUUUAUUAAAAUCCCCAACAUGUCUGUAUGCUUAUUUGUAUCUUGUCCAGAUGUGCUUCAGAUUGACACGGUCUGGUGUGAUGAGACUUGGCCUGUGUACCAUUUACAGUCUGUGUCAGUAUGUUUCUCAGAAAGGGAGAGUUGAAGAUAGAAAAACAUGCUUUGUUUUGAAUUUGUUUUGUUUUUUCUUUAUCCUGCUUUCAGCUGUAAUUCCAUAUUCCCCAGUGUUACUCCCUCUUUCUUGAGUAGACAAAUGUGCUGGAGCUUUUGUAAUGUGGCUCUGGAUGCAUCUGUAACCGAGCUUAGGGGAGAUUUUUCGGAUUUGGACAUGCUUGUCUAUAGUGCAAGUCUUAAUGAUGACUGAGGCCUUUUUGACGCCUUUUUUGCAAUGUUGUUAGAAGUAGGGAAUGAGUUGUGGGUUUCAGCAGAAUUUGUUUACUUGUUUUUUUUUGUGAUUAUUUGUCUUAUCUCUGUGAGGAUGGUAAUGAUUGUGAGUUUGAAAAAGUGAAAGAUGGAAUAAGUCUGUAUAUGAGAAGCACUAUAUAUUGUUUUGAAGUAGUUCCUAUUAUGUCGAUUCUGAUGUCGGCUUGGUGAUUAUGAUGUAGAUUGUCAUUAUGCCAUUUUGUUUCUCAGCACUUUUACCUCACUAUAAUUUUCCUUUGGAUGGAAUUAUGAAUAAGGAAAAUGUGUAUCAAGGGGGAAAAUAAAGUAUUCAAAGCCAAA